GUGUCUCCGGACAACGCAAAACGGUAAAGAUACGCCGAAAAAAGAAGACCCCAAAUUUCCAAUAUACAUUAACUGAUGCUUGUUGUAAAAUUAUUUGGGUGAAAAGCCUUUUCUGGUUGUCCCUACUGGAUUCGUUAUAAGAUUGCAUAGGUAAUCAUAUAUACAUAACCUUACCUGGCCUAAAAACAUAGAAAAAAUCAUCGCAGGUAAAGUGUCAAUAGACAUUUUCCAGUUUCAAAAUCAGCACAGAAAUAUUAACAUUGUAUUGCUCCAUUAUUUACUUUAAGAAGAGAGGUGGGAGUAUAAGAAUAUGCUAAUUAGCUGGGGAUUUUUUGGUAAGGGGGUGGAAUAUCAAUUUUUAUUGCAUCACCUGUCAGUAGCGUCCAAUCAGCGCUGGCUUUAGGGGAAUUAAUUGAUGAAGGUGUCUCCAGACUUGCUCACUUCACUCUGUCAUUUUAUUUGUAGCUAAAGCAGCGGCGGGAAUAGGAGCUGCAUUUCGGCUCUCAUUCUCCCUGUGUCUGUGUGUAGUUCACCUUCUCUUCUGCGAGCAAAUGGAGAGUGAAAUAAAAGACCGCAGGUACAACCAUAUAUACAGAUACCUAGAGAAGCCUGUAUAUAGGCAACACUAUAUACAUUUCAUCAGUUAUACGGCACCCGAUGUUAUGGAUUAAUUCUCAUUAUUAUUGAUAUUAUUAUUAUUUGCAAACUUUCAUACUUUGGGGCGCUGCGAGGAUACAACAGUUUUGCUGUUUUGGUAGCAAGAUGCCAUGAGACAUUACGAAUAUCGCUGUGGAUUUUAUCGUGCCAGAUGUGGGGAUUAAUACAAUAGACAAAAUGGGAGACUUGGAGUCUGGUUUUGAAGAGAUGGAUGGCGUGAAGCUCGGGUACCUGAUUAUUAAGGGGAAACAAAUGUUUGCUCUUUCCCAAGUCUUUACCGAUCUGUUGAAAAAUAUUCCGAGAACGACGGUGCACAAACGAAUGGACCACUUAAACGUGAAGAAGCAUCACUGUGACCUAGAGGAACUACGAAAACUCAAAGCAAUAAAUUCUAUAGCUUUUCAUGCGGCUAAAUGUACUCUGAUUUCAAGAGAAGACGUGGAAGCUCUGUAUGUUUCUUGCAAAACCGAACGUGUGCUUAAAACCAAAAGAAGAAAAAUCAACGCCAGCGCCUCGGAGGACCUCUAUGACAAGCCGAUUCGCCCCGACCCUCACGAUAGUUUUUGGAAGGAAAAAGUUUGGCUGAGUUUGCACGGGGUCCCUCAGCCUUUCUUAUUUAAAAACAAAACUGGGCACCAGGAGGAGACUGGCUCUCUCCCGGCUUCAAAUCUACCUCAAAUUUGCAACACAUUCGCUAAUCACAGCUACCCAGCGGUGACAACGCCGCAGUGCAAGGACCGUCAAAACUAUGAAACAAUUCAAAUACCCAGCAACUGUGUAGCAUUUCAUCCAGGUCACUCGUUUUUUCGGAACGUGGUUUGCAGCAGACAACCCGUACACUACCAGUCCGCCAUUGCAGCUCAAACCAAGCUGUCGGGCACUGCUGAUCUGACUUAUAAGAGAAAAAGAUCGUUGGAGAGCACGGGAAAGCACUUUUGGAAUACGAGCAGGAACAAUCGUCGAGUUGUGCUGGUCCCGAAAUGUUGUAAGUCUAAAGCUACUAACGGAUCUUUGAAUAAAUUUCACAUCGAGCACGGGGUGUAUCUCGACCACCAUCAUCUUGGACAUUUUCAGGAAAGCUACAGCAGUGACACCGAGUCAAGUUCUUACUCAGAACGUGCCGACAAUGACUCGGAUUUUGGGUCAAGUCUGUCCACAACCAGUAACUCCGGGACGUCGGAUGACGACGAAGAGGAGUCUGAUUCUUCGGAUGUCAGCUCCGACGAAGAAAGCUCGUCAGACUCGGAUUCCAGUUCAGUUUCCAGCGAAGUUUCGGUGCAGAGCAUAAGGUUCAGGCGCGCAAGCAUUUCAACCCCAAACAAUACGGCACCUUUGCUGGCUCAGCCUAGUUUCCACUACAAUCUGCAUCAAAGACCAACAAAUCAAAGCGGGGCAACUCUGUUGGAUUAUGGCAUUGCGAGCAGGAAACUCCCGAAAUCUGAUGUUAAACUCGGUGUGGUGAAGAAACAGCAAGAUGAGAGCCACGCAACAAAGCAGCGCAGCCUCUUCCCAGCAAUUCCUGCAAGUUGCUUCCCUGAAUCAAAGAGGGAGAGAGAACGAGAGAUUGCAUUGUCACACUUUGAAAUUUCAGAUGAUUCAAAGAGGACUGACCCUACAAUUAACAGUUUUAAAGAAAGAGGCUCUUCACCUUGCCCAAAGGAAAACAAAGAAUUUCCUCAACAAAGGAUAUUAGGACAGGCAAACAAAUACCCCUCAGCUCCGAUCUCACACUGUGCAGAACACAAAGAAACAAUAGUUCCUCAGCUCAGAGACAACAAUUCUUCAUUAGCCUUAAAUUUCAAGAAAGAGGUGAAAAUUAACAAUUGCUCCAAACUGCCCCCGCCUUUCAAUACUGUGAAGACAGAGACAGAAGAGUACACUCUGUCUACAAAUUCUCACAUUCAGAGUACUAACACGGGCAAAGCACCAACUUUUCUGCACGAUGUAAAAAUUAAAGUAGAAGACAACUUUGACGAGUACAGCUCCGUGGGUGAGUUCUCCGAAACGGGAUCGGAAUACAAACACAGUGUUGACGACGACGACGUUACUACUAAUACAAAAUGUCUGAAUGGUGCAGACAGACGAACAGACACUUUAGACAAUGCAAACAAAACUACUGCAAUCGCCGAAAACCCUGCAGCUUCCCAAAAGUCUCCUACACGAAACCAGGAAUUUCAAAGCACUUUACGUUCUCCGUUCCCAGAGUUAGGCGAAUAUAAAAACGGUGCUAGGGUGAGGAAGAACUACAGAACGCUCGUACUGGGAAAACACUCUGAAAUUCAAAGAACACCACUUAAACUAAAUGUGAAAGACAGGACUCCGCGUUCUACAGGUAAAAACGAGUUUUAUGAAGGAUCACUGGAGGAUUUAUCGAGCACAGGCAAACGUAAACGUGCAUCCAGCAAUAUGACUGUGAAAAAGCCCUUUAACUUCAUGGCAAAUUUUCCCUCUCCACCGUCACUAAUUAUUGGAAAUGAUGGAGAUUUGAGUCCCGCUUAUUCUUUAAACUCUGUGAAGGAUAACCAGCCACCACACAAGUCUCAUCCCGUUUGGAAGUGGCAGCUAGGUGGUUCUGCAGUGCCUCUUCCGCCGAGCCACAAAUUCAGGAAAUUUAACGUCUGAAACUUUGUAAUUCGUUUUGCCGGAUAUAUAUACUAUGUAUCACGAAAGAACUGGGUGGAUGGAAAAGAAAUAACUUAAAUAAGCUCUGAAAGUCUGCGUUAGCUGUGGGCGUUUUAGUGAAUAAGCAUUCCAGUUUUAAUUUGUUUAAUUUUAAUCGAACUGAAGUGACUGUCAUGAUGGGACAUUUGUUUUUUGCUUUACCAUACCAACUGAUAUCAAGUACCUCAAGGAUUUCUACGAAAAGGAAAAAAAAAGUUUGAAAAGAGCCAUUCGAAUAAUGCACUAUAGUUUUGCAAAACUUAUGUUUCCAAACGUAAGUUUUAUUUCCACCCCAGCGUACUAGGUUGUACCAUUGUAAAACAGUGUGUGUUAGACAUUGGUUGUUUCAUUACCUGUGAGACAAACUUUUCUGCAAAACUUCUGCUGCACUUCAAUGGAUUGUCUUUAUUCUCAUAAAAACGCAAUUUUUAUUUAUCUGCAAACAGCACUGGAGGCUAACUGACUUUUAUUGAAAAUUUGCUUUCUUGAAAUUACAAUUAUCUUAUUACCAGUGUGUUAAGCUGUUUUUCCUCAUUCACCAUUUUGACAACACGAGCAAUUGUGCGUUGGGUUCGUUUAACAACAUCCCCGCUACCAGUGUGUUUUAAUCUGUGUGUUUGUUUAAAAGUAAGAGCCAGACUAUAAAAUUUACAGCACGUUUCAGAGGGAGAAGUUUGAAGUUUGCUUUUCUUUCCUAGUACUCACCAAUGAACUAUUCCUACAUUAGGCCCAGAAAACACGAGUUGAAUUACCGACAAUCAGGAGACGUGAUUUGCACGAAACACCCAACAAGAUCUGUAACAAAACACAAAUACCAAAUCAGUGUCUCGCUAGCACAUUCAUUUACGUUAAAAACAGUGAACGAAAGCACAGAUGUAUGAAAUUAUGCACUUUGAAAAAGCUGAACUCAAGGAAAGUGUUAUGGUGAUCAAAAUUAAAUUUUAAUACUGAAAAUAAGGCAAAAUUAUUAGAACUUAUUGAAGACAUUCUGUUACAUAUGCAUGCGUAUAUACAUAUGUAACAGCCCCACUGACAAGUGUAGCUGAAAAUAAAAAUGCAGGAAGCCCUUUCCUUUUAGAAACCAGUCACGGGGAUAUUCAAGAGAUUUUGCUUUGAAACCAAAUUCAUCGUGUGAAGGAUUAACUAUCAUCACUAACGUCAUUCAAAAACAGAGCACGUUGCGCGUAAAACUAAAAUCAGAGCUGUUUAAGAAUAAUAUGCAGCCAGUAUAGUUCAAUAUGCUGAACUAGAUGCUAGUCUCACAGAACAGGCCUAACAAUAGGCCUAAUAAUAACGUGUUUUUUUACACUCACAAACACAGAUAAACAGAGAUUUGGCUAUAUACUCGAUUUUAUAUGUGUAUGUAGUAGUUGGAUUACAAGUUACGAAAUUUCCAAGGUCAUUCACUGUUAAAACCAGACACGGGGCCAUUUCAGGUUCGAUUACUGUCCAGUGUAAGAAGGCUUAGACUAAAGGCGACUCUGUUCCGACAUAGUGCAUCCGAAAACCAGGAAUGAAUACCAUUACUUGUUUUCCAUGCUUUACCGAUUCUUAAGAUGAAUAUAUUGUCAGGGGGGUAUUCACACUGCCAGUUUGAUAACGUGUUGCAAUUUAUAAUUUUUAAGACAAAAACGUUUCUCCCGUAUAAAAAAGAAAAUUGCUGUCCUUAGGGUGGAUUUCUAAUUAAAUAAUCUCCUAAUCCCUAACGUAUGCAUCAGGAUUUUAUUUUUUAUUUUUCUUCUAUAUAGUAUUUGUAGUCCAUGCCUUCUGUUGACGAUUUAUACGCCACAUAGACUUGAACAUCCUGAAAACCUAUUCAAAUUAAUUCCUAAAAAUCUAUACAUACUUUAAAAAAAUAAAAUAACAGACACCUUCCCCUUUGAAAAGCAAUCCAAGAGAAAAAAACCCACCAACAACAGUAUAAUUAAUACGUUUUUUAAUUAGGUAAUCGUGCAGUUCAAUAACAACGCGAAAAUAAAAUGCAAUAAACAAACACAUAGGAAAGUAUAAUUGUUUGAAUAUGAAAUUUAGUUUGCAAAGGUGCGAUUUAAAUGUAUCAUAUGCUCAUAAUUGCAGUUUUUUUUGUGCAUGGAAUACACCUUGGGUGUUCGUGGACUUUAUUGAACACAAUUGUGUCUGACCUUAUUUGCAAUUGCUGAUUUGUUAAAUAAAGUCUGUCCAGGAAGCAGUGCAGCAACAUGUUAUUAGAACAGAAAACAAAGGGACGAAAUAUGAAAGAUUUGAUCACUCUGCCGUUUAGGGUGUGCAAAAUAAAACCACCACUACAACAUUAACUAGACUUUUUGAAGAUAGAAUAAGCAUAAAAGCAUAAAAAACACUCCCCUUUCUCCUUGUGCCAGCAGGCCUACAAUACAGUUCCUAAUGGCAAAGAUGGCUUUUAGUAAAAUUGUAACAAAAGAGUAAAAUGCAAACGCAAUUGACAUAUGGAGUCCUUAUCAAGCACGCACCAAUGCUUUUGUUUGUUUUGAAGUAGGGGACUAAAUGACAACCCCCAUUUUUGUCAUUUGCACUUCUGACCUAUAAGCAUGAAAGUCCCUGGUUGGGGUUUCUUGGGUACAUCGCGACAACUGUUUUUAAAAGAAAGCUUUACUUCUAACGCAGGCCGAAAAUGAAUGCGACCCUGUUCGGGUUUCGAACACUUCGGGGAAGUCAGACCUUAUUUUACCCUGGUCAUGGUAUCACCUUGCGUUUGUCACGGAGAAAUUCACCAAAACUAGCGCGCUGAGUCAAGAGUACAGAAGAGGAACGCUCUAUCGUCUGUAGGCCUAUCUACUUGUAAACAGAUGGGCUUGUGAAGCUUCCAGGGUUUCAACCUGUAAGAAAAACGCUCCUUUACCUACGUAAAACAUUUUAAAGUCUUUGGGGUACUAGCGUGAACCGUCACGCAAAUUUGUAUGUGAUGAAACCAAUAUACACACGAAUGGUGUCACUGUUUGAAACAAUUGUCUGCCCUUACCGUUUAUCCCAUAAUACUUGAGGUCAGAUCUUGACAAGACAUUUGAAAUCACUGGUUGUUUAUAGAAAUGAAAUAUUUAUUUUUGUGAUUUACUCGUUUUUGUAUCUUUGUUGUGUAGGAUAACGCACUCGAAAUGAAAACUUGAAUUGUUCAGUCUGAAGCACUUUCCCUCUCUUUUACGAUGAACAAAUUGUCAUUAAAUUCAUUUGAGUGUA